GAAGGAAUACACAUUUCUAAAUCAAAAUAGUCCAUGAUAGAUCGAGAAAGUAAAAUCCUACUAUCAGAAGACGUUUCGCCGCAGGAUGUGGCUGUUCUAGCAUUGAUACAGACCUAUUCUCACUUCUACAAAAGCGAAGUGGGCACUGAACCGUUGGGUAUAUCCAUCAUUCAAUUCAUUUUCCAUGAACCAUUGCACAAGUCUCCAGAAGAAAUUGUGGUGAUUCCAACAGCCAGCGAUCUUUGUGAGAAGAUACGUCAAGAUGUGACAAGAUAUUCCAUGGGUCAAACCGAAGACCAGAUUUUGAAAACUGUACUGGUUCUCAAUCAACACUUGUUACAGGUCUUGUGGAGAAUUGACUCUGUGGAGAGCUUAGAUACUUCAGUAAUGGGGAUGUUGGAACACAUUUGUGAUCCUCUGGUAGUCAGCUACGAUGAGCACGGAAAUAAUGGGGAACAUUUACUGAAAAUGAAGUUCUCUCCAAGGUCUACAAUCGGCAGUUUUAUCCAACGAAUUGUAGCCAGUUUGCAUUUGUUACACUUUGACGAAUUGUUUUUGCUUUUCGAAGCAUAUGUGUCAUAUAGGGAGCCCACAAGAGUCUCGGUAGAGAUGCCUGUAAAACAAGUUUUGGUCCCCAAAGUGAUUCCAAAUGAUGUCAUUAGAUGUAAAUCCCAACAGGAGGAUGAAGAGAUGUUUUUGAAAUUGAAAGGAAAGUUGGAUACGGCUCUCGAAAGUGACAUCUCGUUCCCAAGAGACUUGACCAAACUGCAUGAAGUGGAUCUUAUGUCUGUCUCAAAGUACGACCUUCAGGCCUUGCUUAGUAGUUACAUCACUAUCUUGGAAACGUAUGGAGAACGACCUCCAGCUAAAUUGAAGAACAUCAUGAAGCUUAUGACAUCAAGCUCCUCGAGCUUGUACCUGAUUCAAAGCGCAAAUUUGAGUAGUGUUCCAUCUUACUAUUAUAUCCGGUUCCUCGAAUGCUUAUACGAAAAAGAUUAUCAAGGGUCUAUGCAAGCAUUACACCAGUAUUUUGAUUAUAUGGUCUCCAACAAGUCAAAAUAUUUUUAUCACUAUGCCUUGAUCUCAAGAGCCACCUUACACCAGUUCUUCGGAGAAGACGAAAAAGCUCUUGAUGCUAUCGAAGAAGCCAUCUCUGUGGCCAGAGAACACAGAGAUAAUCCCACCUUAACUUUUGUGUUGAACUGGCUUUUCAACUUCAUGAGAGACAAACCUGAACUAUGGAACGUUCAGAACUUCUACCACAAUAAUAACGAACUGCACUUAUUAGAUUUCUUAGUCAAAAAGUCCAAGACCGUAUCAUUACUGCUUUACGCCACUAGCUAUCAUUUUGAAGCACUUCAUAUCAUCGAUAACGGUGGAUCAAUGAACAAAUAUUUGGAGAGCUUAACGAAAGCUACGUACAUUUCUAUUCAUGACAGUAUUCCAUCGUUUGUCAAGUCUAUGGAAAUGGCAUCUGUUGUGUGGAGCCGGAUAGGAAACUUAAGUCUCAGUGAGUUAUACUUGGAGUUGGCUCUGGAGUUUGCAGCCGUAUCAGGGAAGAGGUCCGAUCAGGUUGGAAUAAAAGUGAGAAGAGCUUAUUUAGACUACAUGAAGGGCAACACCGAAGAAGGGUAUAGAGAACUUCAAGAUCUCAAACCACAAGGGAAACUGGAUUUAUCCAUUUACAAACCAGUUGCCAUUCACAGUUCAAUCGUCUUAACGAGGAUGUACAUAAAUAAAGGAAGACUCAAGGAAGCUGAGAAGCUUAUACAAUUGUUGGAUAAUGACGAAGUUCAAGAUAUAGAGGUGAGGUCUGAAUUAGUUCAUCUUAAUGCCCAAGUGCAGAGUGCCAUCGGCAACAACUCCAAGGCCUUAAACUCGAUAUUCUUAUACCUGAACCAAAUGGAGACCCAGAUGUCCCAGAAUAAGUCCAAUAUGCUCGCUAAUAUGAGAUUGAACUUGCUUAAAUGUAGGAUUUUCACCGAAUCAGGUGCCCAUAUGAGAACCCUUUCCUUGUUGGUACAACAGUUGGAACACGCUAAGAAAGUUGGGUUCAUUUCCAUUGUGGUAGAAGGAACCAUAAUAUUUUCUUCCAUCUUGAACAACUCCGAGAGCUUUGUGGAUGCAUAUAACGUUUUAAGAUCCAAAUUAACCACAACUCUUCUGGUGCAAAAUAUGGAGUUUUCGUCUAUGGCAUACUACGAGCUUUCCAGAUCCUGCUGUUAUAUCCUCAAACUGCCAACCCUUCUUGAGGAAGUGGGUUCUACGAAUAAAGUCAUUUUCAAUCAAUUACUUCGGUAUUUGAAUGUGAGUAUAAAUGGGUUCAAGAAAACCUCUAAUUUAAUGAUGUUACACAAGUGUUUCGAGUUGGAGAAACAGGUGGCCGUCAUCCAAAAAUCCCCAGAACUACUUGAACACGGGCAAGGGCUUGUUGAUCGGCUCAUCAAAAAGAGUAUACAAGAGAGAAGCUCUGGCUUCAUCGCAUAAUGAGUAAUGGAUAAACUAUAUAUAUAAGCAAAAGUCAUGUGGAGAAGUAGAAUAAAUAACUGGAGCUACCAUUCUAGGCGUUCUUGGGCUUUGACUUUUCAGCAGCAUCCAUUGACGCCAAAAUAAUAGCAGCAGCCUUCAACUGGACCAAAUUAGCAAACUGUUUGAAUGCCCAGAUAGGUACACUCAACCAGGCCAAGACAGUUCCCAACCAAAAGAAUUGGAACGAAUGUAAGUACAAUGCCACAUAAAACAACUCAUUAACAAGGCACACAACAAAUAACACCUUUCUAUUUGUGUAGUAAAGAGACAAUAUUCUCGAUUGUUCUUUACCCACAUUCUUAUGGGAGGCCGAUCCGGUGGACAUCAUGGCAUACAUAUGCAUAUAGUGGGAUGCCAAGUCCAACGACACCAACAAUUGCCAGAUAAAACAGUAUUGGGGAUAAAUCACACACAAAUAACAUAUCAAAGACGAAGUUGCACAUCUAUCUGUCACCAUAUCCAAAACAGCCCCAUAACGGGUUCCUUGAUUAUAUUUUCUGGCGGCAUACCCAUCAAACGCAUCCAAGAACCCGGAUAUUCCGUACAAUAUAAAAGUGUAAUAAGGAUGGUUUUUCAUGGUAACAAAUGAAGCAAUUGCCGUAAGCACUCUGAAAUACCCGAUUAAAUUGGGGAUGAAGAAAAACACAUCUUUGAUGGACACUGUCGUCGACGACUUGGAAUUGCUAGACAUUUUGAAGCUUGUAUACGGGAAGACGGGAGAAUACUUGUAGGUUGGUCAAUUUGCCUCUACAAUAUUCGAUUCAUCAAUAUGAUUCCGUUCAAAACUAAAAAUUUU